AUGGGUCUUCGCAGGUGCUACGACUUUGUGCAGCUGCAGCGCUGGGAGCGGAGUAUUCUCGCCCGCGAUUCCCCCCGCGAGGGGAUUUUCCUGCGGGCCUUCCGCCGCAUUCCGUGGUCCGGCGUGGCGAUGUUCUUCUUCGUGAUGGUCUUCUUCGGCGUGGACCUCGGCGCCGGCAUCAAACACACCGCCCGGCAGAUCCGCGAGAAGAAGGACGAGGCGAUGCAGUCGGUGGAGAUGCAGAAACUGCAGGCGCGGCAGUGGUCGGUGGAACAGGUGAAGAACUUCCGCGAGGGGGAAAUGCCAAAGCCGUCGUGGGCAGCAGGAGGACCGCGUGAGACCUCCUCAACAUCUGCGUAA